AAGUUAUAGAUAAUGUAGAAUUAUGUAUAAAAUAUUGUGGUACUGUUUAUGUACUUGUGUAGUAUUGGUAAAAUCACAAAAUCAAUAUCAACUAGUUUCAACAUGUCCGUACAGGGCUCAAAGUUAUGGAAACAUUUAUGGAAGCCAGCCAUACGUCACGCAACCUUCACCCUACAGCCAACAGUAUACAGUUCAAAAUCCUGUAGCAAACUAUCAACCUACACCCAUCGCAAAUCAAUUGCAAGAAAUAUAUUUCAAUAGAUUACUCUCAAAUCCCGCCAUACAAGCAUUUAUAGAUCCCAGUACUAAGAUUUACAAUCAAAAUGGUAUAGAAAUAUCCGACCAAAUUCGCCCAAAAGGAACACCAAACGUAGUUAACAAUUACUUCAUAGUACCUACUGAUUAUAUUAAAAAUAACGAAUCCAUUCAAAAAGAUGUGCGACGCAAUAAAAAUACAAUUUCAAGUGUCGGUAGUGUUACCAAAGUGCCAGCAAAUAUUUAUGAACCAAUACAGAGAAAUCUAAAUAAUAAAAACAAAGAUACAAGUUCACCAAAUACUAAACAAAAAAGCACAAAGCCUAAAGAUGUCAAAGUACGCGUAAGUAAUAACAGAAGUAACAAAAAUAAAAAGGGAACUGAAAAUCUAGAAUACAAGGAAUCAACACCACAAAAAUCCGAGAAAACACGAAAGAAUUUGAAUAAUAAAGAUAUGAUUCUUAAUGACGAAGAAGUGGUACAUAUACAAAGAAAUAAUAUGAAAAGACAAGAUGAUCUCACAAAAACAAAAGUUGAAGGGAAUGAAAAUAUAAUAUCUAAAAAAGAGAAUGAAAUUAGAAACCGAUGUAGAGAAGAAAGCGUUCAUGAAAUAAAUAAAAAUGAACAAAACGUAAAACAAGAAAGACAAGUAAAUGCUGAAGUUCAGUUGCAAAGAUCACCUUUAAAGAAGGAUAAAGUAGAAGACAUAAAAAGUAACACCAAUUUACCUCAAAAUGCAUUUGAUAUUAGCAAAGAUGGCGUUGAAGUAGAUAACCGAAAUAUUCGCAAAUCCGCCCAAAACGUUCAUAAUAGUCAGCCAAAGAAGAAGUCUUCAAAAACACAAGAUAAUUUUAUGAAACAAUGGAUGUCUUACAUAAACUCAUUUGCACCAAAUCAACAUUUUGACUCCUUCGAUUUUUCAACUGCAAAUUUACCAUACAAUUUUGAGCAAAUGUUCCAAAUGCCACAGUUUUCACAAUCUAGUGUUGAUACUAACAGUCAAACGCACACUACCAAGAAGCGUAAGAAAAAGUCAAAAAGAAAGAAUAAAAAACCUGAAGCCAAAAAUUGUAAUGACAAAACUAAGAUAACCACUGUCGAAUUAGUUCCAAAAUUUAUUGAAUUUGAAUCAGAUAGCCCUGUAACAGAACAUAUUAGAGGUGAAUUAAAAGCAAAACCUAACAUAGAAACAUUUACACAUUCUCUAGAAGCUACACAUUAUUUACCUGAUGUAAGUACUGAAGAAUCGUUACCAAUAAUGUAUGACAUUAUAGACUAUUAUCCCGACUUCACUAAAGACAAAAUAUACGCAAGCGAUGAAGAAGACUUAUAUCUAUUCCAUAACAGGCAUUUCUAUAACAUGGAUGACGAGAAAGAACUUAAUAGAGAAAGAAGAAGGUACGAAAAAACACACGAUGAUAAUACAAUAAAACAUCCGGACAAUAGAGUUAGAGUCAACGAUAUUCAUUCAUCAGAUAAAGACAGUAAAAAAGCUCAUUUAAAACCAGUAUUUGAAGAUAUUAAAUUCCAAACACCACCUGCUUUGCUUGAACCUGGUUUUGAAACAAAAAGAGUAAAUAUACGCGAAAAUAAUAAUGAGUAUCACACAUAUUACAAUCAUGAAAACAAUAAACCUACGCAAAAACCUAUAGAAAAUCAAAGAAAAGACGUAGAAACAGUAUAUGCUCGUUCGAAAGUGGUUAAAUAUGGUCAGCAGGGAGAAGUAGAGGCAAAAGUUAAAGUUGUUUCAGAAAAUGACUUCAAACAUGAUGGAGGACAUAGACAACAUGCAAGAGACAGUGAUGCUACAGUUGUUUUUGCACGAUCGUGGACUUAAAAGGGUUAACUUGAUAUUUAUAGAAUUUUAGUUUUUACUGUGUUAAUUAUUAAAUAUUAUAAUUUAUGAAAAAUGUGUCUUUUUAACACGCUGUUAUAUUAUU